AUGGAUUCUUGGUCCGGACGAUCACUUUUCUGGAUCGUGCAGUGCAUCGUGUUCUGGGCAUGCAGAAGUUUGGACGUGACGACGAUUUAUCGGGGAGGAAACGAAUUCCAGAAUUCGACAUCGGUCGAAUGCCACGCCAGGACCAACGCGCUAGGGUUGCCGUUUAUCGCACCAAAUGGCUCGAUUUUUGAACCAGAAGUGGGCCUUACGGUGCCGAGUUGUCAGAUCGGACUGAGACCCAACUGCCCCUGGACCUCUCAGGGCUGGGAGAUCACGGGGGGUGCAGAACUGAAUCUACCCCCAUUAAGGCUGCACCACGAGACCGUGAGCAUCCACACCAACGGAGUCCUGGUCUCUCAGUUGGUCCCCUUAUUUCGCCCGCGAUUUAAUUUCUCCUUGAAGACCUCCACCAGAGGGACGGCAAGGGUGAUCCUGCUGACAGAGGCCGACCUCAAUUCCGGUGAGAUGUACGUCGUGGAUGUAGUCCACAACAAAUUGUACUUGACUCAUCAGACGAGUAGCAUCCAGAAGUGCGGCCGAGGUCGGCAAUACGUGCACGAGAUCGACCUCGGUCCUGGAAUCGGGAUGAAGAAGUGCCACAGCAUCGGGAACAUCUACAUCAGAUGGGUUGCCGAGGAGGACGCCAUGUUUCAGCUGGACACCACCGGAGGUAAACUUCAGCUCUGGAGGAACGAUUCGACCUCGGCUCUUUUUACUCAACUGGAUCCCAGUCCAUUGAGGGUGAAGUACAUCGCAGUCAGCACUUCCGAGAUAGAACGCGAUUGGUUGUUGUAUCUGGAUGGUCGUGUUUGGUCGCUGGUCGGCAUCAGUGGGGUGCUGAAGAGUCCCAUCCUGGCUAUGGACAACGCCUAUAAAGUCUGCGUCUCCUUCUUCGCGUACAUGGACUUGGUUCCCGGGUCAGGCAUUAAAGUCUCCGCACGACGCCAUGAUGGCUCCUCCACGCUGUUGGGCCAAGUUUUCAGUAACGUUUGGGACAACAAAAAAUGGAUCCUGCAGCGACUGAGGCACGACAUUCCCUCCGACUCUGACAAAAUGGACAUCCAGAUCCUGAUCGAGGGCCUGAAGGGGAACCCUUUCGCAACGGUUGCGCUUCACGGGUUGAUGGGUUGCAACCCCGAUGAUGAAGAGGAGAUUGCCGUGACCACGAUCUCGCUCGACCGCGAUAAAUCGUUUACUUGUGACGUCCCGACUGUAUACGGCGAUAGAAAGGGGAAUCUUUCGGUGGAUGUUGGAAUUUCAGGGCUGGCGAUGUCUUGUUCUCCGUGUCUGCAUGGAGGAGAAUGCGAGGCCGCUACUGGUCAGUGCGCUUGUCCUCCGGGUUUUGUCGGCGACACUUGCGAAGAAGGGUGCGGAGCCAACUCAUUCGGUCGCGACUGUCUGGGCCAAUGUUCAGGACGCAAAGAUGGCUGCAAGGGACUGGUGCUUUGCGUGCCAAUUCUGGGAUGCAACUGCGUGACUGGGUACACCGGCUCGACCUGCGACUCGGAAUGCACUCCUGGCUGGUACGGCCCAAACUGCGGCUUCAUGUGCGGCCGUUGCAGCAGCGGUGCAUCCUGCGACAUCUUCACAGGCUUGUGUCCCGAGGGUUGCUCCCAGGGCUACUUUCCACCUCUCUGCAACUCAACCUACAGCUACCUUUUGCAUCCGCCCGUGAUCUCCGAGGUCUCCGCCAAAAGAGUCGCCUUCGCCUUUCUUGCGGGACCGGAGAACACUGCUGGUUCCGGCGAGCCUAGAUUUUACCAUGUCCAAGUGAAGGAAGAGAACUCCGCGACCUGGGAGAACAGGACCCCGGUUCUUCUGGACCACUCUGCGAAUCCUGUUAAUGGCUUCGUCGAAGAGCUUCGUCCAGGCACGACGUACUUGUUGAGGAUUAUCCUCCUGGACAACGACGGCAGCCAUUUCAGCAAUGACUCCGUGGUCCCCUCGGUAUCAGUGACGACGACUUGCCAAGUGCCGACAGAUCCGAUUUACGAAGUCAAGGCGACCUGGAAGACGCGUGACGAGUUCGAGGUCGAAUGGCAAUACGAUCCGAACGACUUCACUGCGUGUAGUCUGCUGCAUUUCCGGGUCUACUUGUGGGAAGAAUGGAGGCGUUAUUUGUACAACGUCACCAGCAGCAACAAGAUCUCCGUUCCGAAUCGAAGUCCGUUCUUUCAGUACUCUGUACAAGUGCAGGCUGUAACAACUCACGGAAUGUCGAUAGCGUCCGAGGCGACUACUGUUAAGACGAUCCAGGGAGCACCGACUAGAGUGAUCAGACUGAGCUCUGCCCAGGUGAGCCCGACGGAGCUUCAAGUUUUUUGGAGAGAGCCUAGAUCGACCUUUGGAAAAAUCAAAUUCUACGCAGUAGAGUUCGAGUGCCUGAGGUAUCUUGCCUGCGACCCAAACGUUACGUGUAGGGAGUCUGCAGGGCGUCUGGAAACUCCUCAUACUAGUUGCAACGUAUCAGGACUGCAUCCUCAUGCUCAGUACAGCAUCAGAGUAGCUGCAGUUACCGUAGAACCAGGCCCAUGGACCAGGAUCAAGGCGGCGACGCCUUUCGCUGCUCCCGAGGCUGCACCUGCACCUGCGGAGGAGCCCAUCGUAUCUCGGACGUCCACCAGCGUGGAGAUCACGUGGAAGCCGGUUCCAGAUUGCAGGAUGCUGCACGGCUUUCCUCUGUACUACCACUAUUGGCUGUACAUGGAAAAGUCUCCCGGGGAGAUGGUUCUGGUGAUCGAGGGUAACGUCACGCAUCCACCUGUUACCUUCACAGCCCUUCGACCUUAUACGAACUUCCUCGUGCAAGUUGAACAGGCGGUGACUGGUGGACUCCGGAAUCCGAGGUUCAGGCUGGAGAUCCCUGCCAAAACUCGGGGUUCAGAGCCUUCUGUCGUGAGGGAUUUGGAGAUCGUCGAAGCGAAAGCGAGGAGUCUGACUUUGAAGUGGAACUUUCCCAAGGAGGUACCCAGAGAUGUGGUCAGACACUUCGUCGUGGUAUACAUGUGCGUUCGCCGUCUUGCGUGUCAAAGUUUCAACUGCCCUGACAACGGAACCCUGGAGAUCAGCGAGACCUACUUGACUCUUCAAAGUCUGCAGCCUUAUUCCAGAUACAGGAUUAAGGUCGCGGUCUAUACCGGCGAGAUCGGGGACUUCUCUUCCCUGGAUGCUCAGACCUUGACCGCUCCUUCUGAAGCGGCUCCUAGGAUGAACCCCAAGAAACCCCCGAUGGCUGGCAAUUCUUGGAUCGCAGUCUGGUGGCUACCUCCGGAGAAGUGUUCCUCCCAGCAUGGACCGAUCCUGGGAUAUCGGCAUCGCAUAGCAAGGGACCCGAAAUAUCUCCAAAUGCAGGACACUGCAAGCGUCGAUCAGACCAAUGUGGUCUUCAUCAACUCGACCUCUGUAAACUUUACGAUGCUACCGAGCUACACGCUCUUCAGGAUCGAGAUCGCUCUGGUGACCAACAGCUCCGAUAGGACACCUUGGAGGAACCUCUCAGUCUUCAGCCUGUCUGUCCGGACCAGACCCAAAGUUCCUGAUCCCGUGAAGGACCUGGUUGCCUAUAAGCGUGGCGAGACCAUGGUGGGCUUGAGGUGGAGGAAUCCCAAGUACCUUCAUGGACCAAUUGACUCUGCCAAUAUACGGACUUUUUUCGAGGAUCAGGUGCUGUUCGCCCAACGAGUCGAGACUUCUUCCUGUACAGCUUGGGAGUCGUACACUUGCCACGAGAUUGACGGUCUCGGGCCCAACACGACUUACACCAUCAUCGUGAUGCCUUUCAGUAGCCUCGUUGGGGAAGAUGGUCCUCCAACCAAUCUUACCGUAACGACUAUUGAGGGUGUUCCUGAUCCGCCGUCCUUCGUAAGGUUAAUUCGGAAAACCGAGGAUAGAGUCGUGAUCGAAUGGGGCCACCCGAAUAUGACGAACGGGAUCUUGAGGUCCUUCAGGAUUUCUACCGAGCAUGUUGAUUCCUUCGAUUCCGACAUGUGUUGCGACGAAGAGGUAUCGGGGAAUGUUCAGGUGUUUAAGGAGAAUGCGUCCUAUCGUGCUCAGGUCAAAGGACUCUGGCCUGCUUCCGAGUAUUUUAUCAAAGUGGUCUCGGUCACGAGAGUACCAAGUAAACCGGCAUCCAUGACCGUUCACACGAAACCUAGGGUUCCAAGACUGGCAGCACCGCCAUUGGUCAUCCACGAGUCAAUUUCGAACACUACUGUGGAUGUGAUGCUGACUCCCGCUAUUUUCUACACUGGAGGUCCAAUUUGGAUGUAUUUUGUGAUGGUCUGCGGACACGAUGGGAGCUCCAGCGUAGAGACCAAUCCAAUCUUGGCGGAAGUUAAGGAGGAAGUGGGAAAGGACGGAUUCGUCGCAUUGACCUUAAACGCCGAGGAGCUUGACGAACCCUUGAACAUCACCAUCGGCGAUGGGAGAGAGUCUCUGGGACUUUAUGGGUUUAUAAGAAACCAACCUCUACGUCCAAAUACCCAGUACACCAUCGCCCAAGUCGUCAUGGCAGAGUACAUGGGUUCUCGCAGCUUCGGCAUCGCUGAGAGCGAAUCCUUCAUUACCGUCUCCUAACCUCUAUACACGUAAUAAUGAGUUUCGCAAGAAGAACUUCAUCCAAGAUUCGGACGCACUAAACGGUGGGAAUAAUUUUAAGACGGUCGCUUGGGUAUGGUUUUAUUUCGUGGAGGUUACAAGGGUGGCAUGGUUUACAUUGUUUUACGUCGUUUUUUGGGUGUCCCGGAAGCGUCGUGGUGGUUCCUCGUCUUCUGGGGGGUCAAGUGGUCGGGCGCUGGGUCAACAUUUCCCGGGGAAAAGUUUGUCCUCGAGUGUUGAGACGAGGGCCGUAGAUCAUGCUAGGCUGUCUACAGAGCAGGCCGGUUCGCAUGAGAAUCGAGACGGCGUCGCGUCGCCGAGUGAGAAGAGAGCGAAAUGGCUUUCGGC